AUGGGCGCCGGCGAACGGGGCCACGAGGCCAACGGCACGCGACGCGACGUCGAUCAUAAUGAGGACGCCGAGGACCGCCGCGGGCCCGGGCGCAGGGCGACCGGGUCCAGAGAGGAGGGGGAGUUGAGCGAAGAAGAAGGCGAGAUCGUGGAUGCGCAGCGCGAGGGCGGCGUCAAGGAGCGGUCCCCCCCCCGCAGGCCGCGCGACCACUCCCCACGUGCGCGCAGCCCCGGCCGCCCGGCGUCGCGCCGCAGUCCGGGCGGCGCGAGACGCACGCGGUCGCGCUCCAGGGCCCGCGAGCGCUCGCGGAGCCGCGACCGCUCCGCGAAGGACCGGCGGCGCGACCCCGGCAGGCGUGCGGAGGGGCGCGACGUAGAGCGGGGGCGAGACCGGGGCAGGGAUCGGGAGCGGGAGCGGGGGAGGGAUCGCGGGCACAGGGAGCGGCACCGGAGCCGGGAGCGGCGGCGGACCCCGGAGGAGGAGGUCAGGAUCGACGACGACGACGUCAGGAGGCUAGAGGCCAUCGCCGAGGGCGUGGGGCUGACGGCGGAGGAGGAGGAGCAGCGGCAGAUCGAGGAGCGGCGGCGGCGUCGGGCGGAGAUCCUGGCCGCACGCGCCGGGACGGAGCCGCCGCAGGGUGGUGCUGUGCCAGUGCCGGCGCCAGCUGCGGAGGCCCCCCGCGCCCCGGAGCCGGAGCGGGACGUCGACGCGGAGGCGGCGCAGGCGGAGCAGGAGCUAGCGGGCGUCGGCGAGGCUCUGUUCGAGGCGCGGGGCGCCGCGCAGGGGACGAUGGCGGCCGCCGAUGAGGUCACGGGAGGGGGGGGGUCUGCGCUCCGGCCCGACCCCGGGAACGCCGCACGGCCGCAGGAGGAGGACGCGGGCGCGGACGACGACGACGACGGCGUCGACAUAUUCGCGGAGACCCCCCCCGAAGCCAAGGGAGACACGGGCGCGCCGGUCACGAAGCGCGCGCGCGGGCUCGCGGACCAGUUCGACGACACGGAGGGGUACUACAUCUGGACAGUCGGGGAGACGCUUGACGGGCGUUACGAGGUGUUUGCAUCGCACGGGCGGGGCGUGUUCGGCAGCGUGCUGCGCGCGCGGGACCUGCACGCGCCGUCGCAGGUCGUGGCGGCGCCCGGCGGCGCUGCGGUGGAGGAGAAGCCGGAGGUGGCAAUCAAGGUGGCGCGCGCGAACGAGACGAUGUUCCGGCAGGCGCAGACGGAGAAGCUGAUCCUGUCGAAGAUCGCGGCGACGGACCCGGACGGGCGGCGGCACUGCGUGCGCAUGCUGGGCUAUUUCGAGCACCGCGGGCAUGCGUGCAUCGUGUUCGAAGCGAUGGACAUGGACCUGCGGAGCCUCGUGAAGAAGGUCGGGCGCAACAUCGGCAUCCACGUCAAGGCGGUGCGCGCGUACGCGGUGCAGCUGCUCGUCUCGCUCAAGCACCUCAGGGACACCGGCAUCCUGCACGCCGACAUCAAGCCGGACAACAUCCUGGUCAACAAGGAGCGCAACACGGUGAAGCUGGCCGACUUCGGCAGCGCGAUGUUCGCGGGCGACAACGAGCUCACGCCGUACCUCGUGUCGCGCUUCUACCGCGCGCCGGAGGUCAUCCUGGGCCUGCCCUACUCGCACGCUAUGGACAUGUGGGCGCUGGGGUGCGUGCUGUUCGAGCUCUACACCGGCUCGAUCCUCUUCCCCGGGCGCUCGAACAACGACAUGCUGCGCUGCUUCAUGGACCUCCGCGGCGCGUUCCCGAAGAAGAUGCUGCGCCGCGCGGCCUUCCGCGCCAUGCACUUCGAAGGCGAGCCGCACAUGAGCUUCCGGCACCAGGAGGUCGACAAGGUGACGGGGAAGGAGGCGGUGCGCGUGAUCGGGAACCCGACGCCGAGCAAGACGAUCGCGGGGCUGCUGGGGCAGCCGAGCGACCGCGCGACGCAGAAGCAGGUGGAGCUCCUGGCGGACCUGCUCGACAAGAUGACGUGCCUGGACCCAGACAGACGGAUAUCGGUGCGAGAGGCGCUGCAGCACCCGUUCGUGCAGGGCGACGCGGCCCCUCGCGCGGGCCCGCGCGCUCGCUGA